AACCUGAAGAAGAGCUGCGUCCGAAACAGCCUAGAACUUGUCGCAGCGUUGCUCCUUCUGUUGUAGCCUGAGGCGGUAGAAUAACAGCUGAUCCAACAGUCGUGACAUUAGCAACUGUUCGUUUCCUUGUCUUUAUCCUCUGUGUUACUCUGUCGCUCACCUGUGAUCCAAAAUCCAACACUAUCUGAAUUAAAAGAGAAAAUGUCACUGUCUGGCUGGGUAUGUGUGGUAACAGGUGCCUCCAGAGGCAUUGGCAGGGGUAUAGCCCUCCAGCUGUCUGAGGCAGGAGCGACUGUGUACCUCACAGGGCGCCAAGAGAGGACUCUGGAACACACUGCUGCAGAGGUGAAGGAGAGAGGUGGGGUCUGUGUGCCAGUUGUUUGUGACUCUACAAAAGAUGAAGACAUCGAAAAAUUGUUUAAACAAAUCAAGCGUGAACAGAAUGGCAGGCUGGAUAUCCUGGUUAAUAAUGCCUAUGCUGGAGUACAGGAUAUCUUUGACAAUAUGGGGAAAAAGUUCUGGGAAACUGAUCCAUCCAUUUGGGAUUCCAUCAACAACACGGGCCUCAGGGGGCACUAUUUUUUCUCCGUCCAUGCGUCCAGGAUGAUGGUGGCACAAGGUCGAGGUCUGAUAGUCACAGUCUCAUCUUUGGGAGGCCUGCGGUACCUCUUCAAUGUGUCAUAUGGUGUUGGCAAAGCCGCAUGCGACAGGCUGGCGGCAGACAUGGCUGUGGAGCUGAAACCCAGAGGGGUGGCUUCUGUGAGCUUGUGGCCAGGAGCAGUACAGACAGAACUGGUGUCUCAGUUCUUAUUGGAGAAGGACUCUGCACAUUCCAAUGUCAAACAUAUAUUCGCCAACGGAGAAAGCACAGAAUUAAGUGGGAAGUGCAUUGUCAGCCUGGCAAAAGACAAAAAUUUGAUGUCACUGACUGGAAAAGUCCUAAUGACAUGUGACCUAUCAAGGCGCUAUGGGAUCCAGGAUAUUGAUGGCCGGAGUGUGACUGAUUACACCUCACUAAAGUUCCUCGUGGCCCAGGUCCCGUAUCUGUCCUGGCUCUCCUUUGUUGUGCCCUCGUUCCUACGUCUUCCGCGCUUCAUGCUCACUCUGGCAAACAGCCGCUUCUGAGCCGUUCGCUUCCCGAAGCCAUUCCUCUGUGGAGGUAUCAGCUAACUCUAAUGGACCAAUCCUACUAAAAGUCUGUGAACCUACAGUUUGAUAACACAUGGUAAACGUGAAUAAUCAAUCAGCAUACACGCUAUUGUCUGUCAGUAAAGCCACACUGUGAAAAGGACUCAUAAUAUUGCCAAUAUUUGCACUUUUAACAAAUGUUUAUGUACCUCACACCACUACAGUAUGCACAGCAUAUGACAAGCUAAAUAACGUUUGCCGAAUUACUGGCUUGUCUCUGUAAUAAAACUCAUGAAACAUCUACAGUGAUUUUUUAAUCUGUAUUAUUCAGUUUGACUUGAUAUACUUAAAUCUUGGUUACAGUGAAGACUAACAGACUGUACUUUAUAUAGUUUAUUAGCUACAACUCUGUAUCCUACUUGUGACGAUAUUUGAUGAGCUGAGAGCCAUGAUCUGCUGUAUGACUGAAUGAUGUGUAUUUUACUCAUAAAAUCUUUUGUAGUCA